GGAAGUCCCUCCGAGAGCUGCCGCCGCGGUAGGCUAGGGGCGGUGGUAGGCUGCAGCGGGCGCAGUCAUGGGCAAGAGAGACCGGGCCGACCGCGAGAAGAAGAAGUCCAAGAAGCGGCACUACGAGGAUGAGGAAGACGAUGAAGACGACGCUCCUGGGAACGACACCCAGGAAGCUGUUCCCUCCGCGGCCGGAAAGCAGGUGGAUGAGUCCGGCACCAAAGUGGAUGAAUAUGGAGCCAAGGACUACAGGCUGCAGAUGCCGCUGAAGGACGACCACACCUCCAGACCCCUCUGGGUGGCUCCUGAUGGCCACAUCUUUUUAGAAGCCUUCUCUCCAGUUUACAAAUACGCUCAAGACUUCCUGGUGGCUAUUGCAGAACCGGUGUGCCGACCAACCCAUGUGCAUGAAUACAAACUAACUGCCUACUCCCUAUAUGCAGCUGUCAGCGUCGGCCUGCAAACCAGUGACAUCACUGAGUAUCUCAGGAAGCUCAGCAAGACAGGAGUCCCAGAUGGAAUCAUUCAGUUUAUUAAGUUGUGUACUGUUAGCUACGGGAAAGUCAAGCUGGUCCUGAAGCACAACAGAUACUUUGUGGAAAGUUCUCACCCUGACGUCAUCCAGCAUCUUCUCCAGGAUCCUGUGAUCCGCGAGUGCCGCCUGAGGAACUCUGAGGGGGAGGCCACAGAGCUCAUCACUGAGACCUUCACAAGCAAGUCCGCUAUUGCUAAGAGUGCUGACGGCAGCGGUGGGCCCUCCACUUCCCGAGUGACAGAUCCGCAGGGUAAAUCUGACGUCCCUGCAGACCUGUUUGAUUUUUAUGAGCAAAUGGACAAGGAUGAGGAGGAAGAAGAAGAGACACAGACAGUAUCUUUUGAAGUUAAACAGGAAAUGAUUGAAGAACUACAGAAACGUUGCAUCCACCUGGAAUACCCUCUGUUGGCAGAAUAUGACUUUCGGAAUGAUUCUGUCAACCCUGAUAUCAACAUUGACUUGAAGCCCACAGCUGUCCUUAGACCUUAUCAGGAGAAGAGCUUGCGGAAGAUGUUUGGGAACGGGCGUGCACGCUCCGGGGUCAUUGUCCUUCCUUGUGGUGCUGGUAAGUCCCUGGUGGGUGUGACAGCUGCAUGUACCGUCAGGAAGCGCUGUCUGGUGCUGGGCAACUCAUUUUUUUUUACAAAGCAUUUCAAAAGUGACGGUGUGCGUGUGCCAAUUGUUUCCCCAGCCAAGAUGUUCCGACGGGUGCUCACCAUUGUGCAGGCGCACUGCAAACUGGGUUUGACCGCAACCCUCGUCCGGGAAGACGACAAAAUCGUCGACUUAAACUUUUUGAUUGGGCCGAAGCUCUACGAGGCCAACUGGAUGGAGCUGCAGAACAGUGGCUACAUUGCCAAGGUCCAGUGUGCGGAGGUUUGGUGCCCAAUGUCUCCUGAGUUCUACCGGGAGUACGUGGCAAUCAAAACCAAGAAACGGAUCUUGCUGUACACCAUGAAUCCCAACAAAUUCAGAGCUUGCCAGUUUCUGAUCAAGUUUCAUGAACGGAGGAAUGACAAGAUUAUUGUCUUUGCUGACAACGUGUUUGCUCUGAAGGAAUAUGCCAUUCGACUGAACAAACCCUAUAUCUAUGGUCCUACGUCCCAGGGAGAAAGGAUGCAGAUUCUCCAGAAUUUCAAGCAUAACCCCAAAAUCAACACCAUCUUCAUAUCCAAGGUGGGUGACACAUCAUUCGAUUUGCCAGAAGCAAAUGUUCUCAUUCAGAUUUCCUCUCAUGGUGGCUCCCGGCGGCAGGAGGCCCAGAGGCUAGGGCGAGUGCUCCGAGCAAAAAAAGGGAUGGUUGCAGAGGAAUACAAUGCCUUCUUCUACUCGCUGGUGUCCCAGGACACGCAGGAAAUGGCUUACUCAACCAAGCGGCAGAGGUUCUUGGUGGAUCAAGGUUACAGCUUCAAGGUGAUCACCAAGCUUGCUGGCAUGGAAGAGGAAGACUUGGCAUUUUCAACGAAAGAGGAACAACAGCAGCUCCUACAGAAGGUCCUGGCGGCCACUGACCUGGAUGCUGAGGAGGAGGUGGUGGCAGGAGAAUUUGGCUCCAAAUCCAGCCAGGUGUCCCGGCGCUUUGGCACGAUGAGCUCCAUGUCUGGGGCUGACGACACGGUGUACAUGGAGUACCACUCAUCCCGGAGUAAGACUUCCACUAAGCAUGUGCACCCGCUUUUCAAGCGCUUCAGGAAGUGACGCCCACAGGGUCAUGUAGCUGAAGGCUGGAUGCCCAGCACCAACAUUGGAAAAGGAUUUUAAACGUAGCAUUUUCUUUCUACAUCCAUGUUCUUUCCAAUAGCAUUGGCCAAACCAAUCUAGAUUGGAGUAUCUGUUAACUGCAUUGAAGAAAAUGCAUCAAGAGAUUGAUUCUGUCUUCCUGGGUCAUCCAGGGUUUAAAAGUGGGAAUCGGGAGACUAUAUUUUUUGGGUUUUUUUUUUCAGACCACUUUUCAGAAUUGUGGGGGAGUGUUCAUUCUUGUAUAUAAAAAGUUUGUAAUAUUUAGGUGUAUUUAUCUUAAUGUUCUCCUGAAUAAACAGAAGUGGGAUGUUUAACCAC